UUAGUUUCCGGUUUUAUCAGAUGUAAACAUUGAUCAUAUAUUUAACACACACACACAGCAGUUGCUCUUUAAACAUAUAUAUACGUGUGUGUGUGUCUUGUGGUGUAUAUAUUAUAGGGUGUCGACAUAAUUGGUGUACGUUGUAUAUUUUAGGGAAUUGCAGAGAGAAGGUUUUAUUUAAAAAAGGUAAAUUUAAACCAGUGAAAUAUGUUGUCCAGCCUUGUUAAACAGCAUUUGACUCAACAACAAGCCAGGAAGGAACUGCAAGAAAAAAAGGAAAGCAGAAGCAAUGGCAUCAGCAACUGCCCUCACCCAUGCUCUGGUUGACCAUCUGAAUUCAGGGGUUGCCCAGUCCUACGUGAACCAGAAAAAACUUGACACAGAGACGAAGAUCCUCCAGGCCAACGCUGCCCAUUUCGCCAAGAUGACCAUGCAGUGGCUAAAGUUAGUGGAAGACUUCAACACAGCAUUGAAGGAAAUUGGUGACGUUGAGAACUGGGCCCGCAACAUUGAGGCCGAUAUGCGGACAAUAUCCAGCGCUUUAGAAUAUGCUUACCGUAAAAGGAAUGCAGCCAUGAUGGAGACUCCCCAAGACUCCCUUCCUGACUCUAAACUAAUCCAUUAACCAGUACAAUUCCUGUCAGCUUCCAUGUUUCACCCACCACAUGUGGCAUUUUGUAAGAUAUGCCUUCUUAUCAUCCUUCU